AUGACCUCGACAGCACGCACACCAGCCGCUCGGCUACGAGAGCUCCUCGCAGGUCCCUCUAUUGUCACCGCCCCCGGUGUGUUUGAUGGCAUCUCGGCGCGACUGGCGCUCAAAGCGGGUCAUGUCGCGCUCUAUCAAACUGGCGCAGGCACAUCUGCAUCACGUCUCGCUCGAGCCGACUUGGGCUUCUUGGGCAUGUCAGACAUGGUUUCCGCUGCUGGCGUGUCCAUCACUGCGGAUCCGACGCUCAUGACGCCCGUCAUUGCCGAUGCGGAUACGGGCUUCGGCGCCGCCCCUCAAGUCGCACGGACGGUCACAGAGUACCAUCGGGCAGGAAUAGCCGCACUGCACGUCGAAGACCAGGUGCAGGCCAAACGAUGCGGUCAUUUGGAUUCGAAACAGAUUGUCUCUCGCGCUGACUUUAUCGCUCGAGUCACCGCGGCGGUCAACGCACGUAACGCCCUCCCCUGCCCUCCGCAGGAUCGGAUCCUGAUCAUCGCCCGAACCGACGCACUUGCCGUGCUGGGCCUGGACGAGGCGAUCGAGCGACUGCGACUCGCACACGCCGCAGGAGCAGAGAUGGGCUUCUUGGAAGGCAUGCGCUCGAAUGAAGAGGUGGAGCAGGCGAUGAAGGAGUUACAGGGUUUGCCGAUGCUAGCCAACUGUGUCACGGGCGGGAAGAGUCCGUUGUGGACAGCAAAGGAGGCGGAAGCGUUGGGGUUCAAGCUGGCCAUCUUUCCGUGUGCUGGGAUGUUCCCUGCUGCCAAAGCGUUGUUGGCGAGCUACAGCCAUUUGAUGGACAAGGGCAUCGGGAUCGAGGCGGAAAGGGGAGAGGGGAGGAUGGUCGAUUUGGGCGGAGCGGAUCCGAUGGGGCUGAGGAACUUCUUCGCUGAUAUGGGGUUGGAGCAUGAGGUGGGGGUGGAUAGGGCUGCCGCGAAUGGGGCUGGGUUGGGCGACGUUUAG